AUGCGUGAGUGUAUUUCUAUCCACGUUGGACAGGCUGGUGUUCAAAUUGGUAACGCCUGCUGGGAACUUUAUUGCCUUGAGCACGGGAUUCAGCCCGAUGGUCAAAUGCCAUCAGACAAAUCCGUUGGGGUUUGCGAUGACUCCUUUAAUACUUUUUUCUCUGAAACCGGAGCUGGCAAACAUGUUCCCCGUACAGUGUUCGUUGAUUUAGAACCCACCGUCGUUGAUGAAGUUCGUACUGGUACUUACCGUCAAUUGUUUCACCCCGAGCAAUUAAUCACUGGAAAGGAAGACGCAGCAAAUAAUUACGCCCGUGGUCAUUAUACUAUUGGUAAAGAAAUCGUCGAUCUCGUUCUUGACCGUAUUCGUAAGCUCGCUGAUAACUGCACUGGACUUCAAGGAUUCUUGGUUUUCCAUUCAUUUGGUGGAGGUACUGGAUCCGGUUUUGGAGCUUUACUUUUGGAACGUCUCUCGGUCGAUUACGGAAAGAAAUCAAAAUUGGAAUUUUCCGUAUAUCCAGCACCACAAGUUUCCACUGCUGUUGUUGAACCUUAUAAUUCUAUUUUGACAACCCACACUACUUUGGAACAUUCAGACUGUGCUUUUAUGGUUGACAAUGAAGCAAUUUAUGAUAUCUGCAGGAGAAAUCUUGACAUCGAACGUCCAACUUACACCAAUUUAAACAGAUUGAUUGCUCAAGUGGUUUCUUCCAUUACGGCAUCACUUCGUUUUGACGGGUCUCUCAACGUGGAUUUAACAGAAUUCCAAACCAAUUUGGUUCCCUAUCCUCGCAUUCACUUCCCCCUUGUAACAUACGCUCCAGUCAUUUCUGCUGAAAAGGCUUAUCAUGAGCAACUUACCGUGGCUGAAAUCACUUAUUCCUGCUUCGAACCAAACAAUCAAAUGGUCAAAUGUGACCCACGUCAUGGCAAAUAUAUGGCUUGUUGUUUAUUAUACCGUGGUGAUGUCGUUCCAAAGGACGUCAACGCCGCUAUUGCCACAAUCAAGACCAAGAGAACCAUCCAAUUUGUAGACUGGUGUCCAACUGGUUUCAAAGUCGGUAUUAAUUACCAACCCCCAACUGUUGUUCCUGGUGGUGAUCUUGCCAAAGUUCAACGUGCUGUUUGCAUGUUGUCAAAUACAACCGCCAUUGCCGAAGCAUGGGCACGCCUUGAUCACAAAUUUGACUUGAUGUAUGCUAAACGAGCUUUUGUUCACUGGUAUGUCGGUGAAGGUAUGGAGGAAGGUGAAUUUUCUGAAGCACGUGAAGAUUUAGCCGCGUUGGAGAAGGAUUACGAGGAAGUGGGAACUGAUUCACUUGAGGGUGAAGAAGAGGAAGCUGAAGAAUAUUAA